GCAAGGCUGGCACGGGGGACGACGGUGGCCCCCCGGCCCCGACCGCCAUCCCCACUGACGCCGGCCCGUCCCCCGGCCUAGGACCGUUGUGCAAAUCCAGGGCAGGAAGUGGUUCUGCGGUCCCUUGAGGCAACCGACCCCUCACCCCGGCUCCCGCCCCUGCUUCCUCGCCAGCCCCCAUGAACGCCUCGACCCCCAGGCCCGCGUCCGCCUCCGUGCCCCUGGCCAUCGGGGUCCUGUCCCUGGCCAUGGCCCUGGGCCUGCCGGGCAACGCCUUCGUGGUGUGGAGCAUCCUGACCCGCCUGCGGCGCCGCUCGGUGACCGCCCUGCUGGUCCUGCACCUGGCGGUGGCCGACCUGGCCGUGCUGCUGACCGGCCCCUUCUUCCUGGACUUCCUGACCCGCCUGGACUGGCGCUUCGGCCUGCCCGGCUGCGUCCUCUGCCACUACGUCUGCGGGCUGUGCAUGUACGCCAGCAUCCUGCUCAUCGCCGCCAUGAGCCUGGACCGCUCCCUGGCCGUGGCCCGCCCCUUCCUCUCCCAGAAGCUGCGCACCAAGACGGCGGCCAGGUGGGCCUUGGCCGCCAUCUGGGCGACGGCGGCCCUGCUGGCCGUGCCGGUCACCGUCUACCGGCGGUUGGAGCCCUUGAUGGCGAACAGCAGCAGGCGGGCCUGCAAUCUGGCCCACCCGCACCCGCGCCACGUGGCCUUCCACUUCCUCUUCGAGUCCACCACGGGCUUCCUGCUGCCCUUCCUGGCGGUGGUGGCCAGCUACUCGGACAUCGGCCGCCGGCUGAGGGCCACCAGGUUCCGCCGGAGCCGCCGCACGGGCCGCCUGGUGGUGUUGAUCAUCGUGGCCUUUGCCCUCUUCUGGUUGCCCUACCACGCCGUCAACCUGGCCGAGGCCACCCGGGCGCUGGGCGGGCUGGCCCGGGGCCAGGGCGCGGUGGGGAAGCGGCUGGCGAAAGUGCGGGAGGUGGUCAUCACCAUGGCCUUCCUCAGCAGCAGCGUCAACCCGCUGCUCUACGCCUGCGCCGGCGGGGGGCUGCUCCGCUCCGCCGGGGUGGGCUUCGUGGCCAAGCUGCUGGAGGGCACCGGGUCCGAGGGCUCCAGCGCCCGGAGGGCGACCACCCUGAAGCCCGGCCCCCGGGAGGGCGCGGAGCCCCCGGAGCCCGGCCCGGCCGAGAGCCUCACCGUCUCCACCAACCCCAUCGACUGA